AUGUCCAGCAAAGUUAGCGUCCUUGGCCUCGGGGCCAUGGGAACAGCACUUGCAACCAAGUUCCUCGAGAAUGGCUACCAAACCACUCUCUGGAAUCGAACAACCGAAAAAGCUGCCUCCCUGGUCGAGCGGGGUUGUCGCUUAUCUGCGACAAUACCUGAUGCUCUACAGGCAAGCGAUCUCAUUUUGAUUUGCCUCAUCGAUGCUCAGGCCGUGAAGGAGACUCUGUCACGAGCUCUCCAAUCAUUGGCCGGCAAAACUGUCAUCAACCUCACAAACGGUACACCUGACCAAGCCCGGCAGCUGUCCGAACUUGUUCUCACCCAUGGUGGGACAGAGUACAUCCACGGCGGCAUCAUGGCUGUACCGGCCAUGAUCGGCUCCUCGGAAGCCGUCCUGCUUUACAGUGGAGGAUCGCAGGAGAAUUUCCGGCGCGUGAAGAAGGACCUGUCCAUUUUAGGGACCGGGAAGUUCCUCAGUGAGGAUGCGGGAUCCGCAUCGCUCUACGAUUUGGCUCUAUUGAGUGGAAUGUAUGGUUUAUUUUCGGGGUUCCUGCAUGCGACAGCACUAGUCAGGUCCGGAGAGAAGGAAGCCACGGCUACUGGGUUUAUGUCCCUACUGGUCCCCUGGUUGUCAGGUAUGAUCGGCUAUCUUGGCGUGAUGGCGAAGCAGAUCGAUGAAGGCAAUUAUGUUACUCAGGGUUCGAAUAUAGCGAUGCAAAUAGUCGCGGUGGAGAAUAUUCUCGAAGCAAGUGAAACAAACGGAGUGUCCGCAGAUGUGAUUCAUCCGAUCAAGUCGUUGAUGAAGCUUGCAUUAGCGGCUGGUCGGGAGAACGAGGAUAUCUCGGCACUUAUUGAACACCUGUGA